AUGGCAGACAACGACGACGAGGCGAGGCUGCUUGCGACCGCGCCGUACUACGAGUCGUGGCACGGCAACCAAGACUUCUACCGACGCGGCGCCGUCGUCGUGAGCAAGACGCAGUGGAAGAACUGUGUCGGGACCGUCCUCUUCAUCACGUCCGUCAUCGGUCUCUACAUCUACGUCGUGAUGGUCACGUCGCUGCCGCUUGCGUACAUCGGCAUCACGAUCCCAGGCUACAUCAACGCGCUCUACUGGUUUGCCAGGACGGCCUUUAUGGACCCUGGCUUUGUGCCCAAGCGCUACGAGCAACAGCGGGAUGGGCCGUCGACCGCGAACGACGGCGAGGCCGACCGGUUCUGCGCGUUUUGCGAAGUGCCCAAGCCGCCACGCCGAAGCCACUGCCGCGUCUGCAACUGCUGCGUCGACCAGUUUGAUCACCACUGCCCGUGGACGGGCAACUGCGUCGGGAAGCGCAACCACCGCGUCUUUCUAGCCUUUUUACUCGCUCUCGUCGUCCUCGAUCUCUUUAUGUUUGGGACCCUCGUGGCCUUUACGAUCCAGUUUGCCUUUCUCGAAGGCCAUGGGCUCCGCGCCUUUAUGGAUCGCUUCUGGCUCGUGCCCGUGGCGCUGUACGCUACCGGCAGUACGCUCUGCCUCCUCGGCGCGUUCCUUGCCUACCAUAUCCAGCUCAUCUCCAAGAACAUGACGACGAACGAACUCAUUCGUGCACGGACCGCACAAGCGCUCUCGACCAUCAACGCGACGCAUGGAACCGACGACGACGACGACCGCCGGCGACGGCCGUCGGCGUACGCCAACUGGCGGGCCCAUUGGCACCGGUUCCUGACGGCGCCGACGCCUCCGAGCAAAGUCCUCGAAUCACAGACGACCGCCGCACCGUCCAUAGUCAUUGUAUGAUCAAAA